AUGAUGGAAUCAUUGUUGGCCAUGGGUAGCAGCAUACGGAUGAUUCAGUUUUUGGUGUACAGCGUGGCUCUUUUGGGUGCUGGAUUCUACCUGAGAAGUGGACUGAGCCAUUUGGGACUACCAAUGGCUACCGAAGCCACUGAGAAACCUAUUGAGAUUGAAGAAUGCAGCCAGUUGAGCCAAAAAGCCAUUCAACUGGCACUUCCCACGGGAGAUGUCAUUUCAAGAGAUACCCGAUGUCCCGUUUCCGAUGCCUGGCUUGCCGAUUAUCUACACAACUAUUAUCAUCCUACCAACAGCAAGAGCAAAAGCAAAAGCAAAAAGAAGGAGGAAUUUGUGUUUUUGAAUUUUGGCUGCAACAAGGGAUUUGAUGCCGUUCAAGUGGCUGCUGAUGUUUCGGGGGAUCACCAAUUAUUUGACAAGCAAAAAUGGUACACACACUUGGAAAUCAAUACCAAGGCCAUUCGAAGGCCCAAUGGGGUUUGUCAUCAAGGGGAGGUUGAUAGCAACAGCAACAACACUAUUCACAAAAAGAAGAAACACUCCCACGACAAACCCCAUAAAGUUCAAGUCCACUGUGUGGAAGCCAUGCCACAAACAGUCUCUAAACUCCAACAUGCCGCCACGGCCACAAAGGCAGACAAACAUGGAAUACACAUUCACAAUUAUGCAUUGGUGGGAAACAAUGCUCCAUCGACCAUUCUGUUCCCCAAUCCACCCGGCAAAGGAGGUGUGGAGCAUAUGGGAAUUGGAAGUUGUCAAGAGGAAAAAUACAAAAAACACUGCAAACAAGUACCAGCCAUUACCAUUGACAAUUAUGUCGCACAGCAUGUAUCCACUUCCACAUCCACCACCAGAAUUCCCUUUGUCUCUAUUGAUGUCGAGGGAUACGACUUUACCCUCAUGAAGGCAGCGCCAGAUACACUCCAACGAACCGACUACCUCGAGUUUGAAUUCCACAGUCACGGGGACUGGGCCAAUCAGACACUCCACGAUGCCACGGACAUGCUCGAACAGUUUGGGUUUGUCUGUUACUGGGCGGGACAGAAUCAAUUGUGGAGAAUUUCCAGUUGUUGGAUGGACGUGUAUGGCAGUUUUCAUGGCUGGUCCAAUGUCGCCUGUGUCAAUCCACUCCAUCAGCCAGGGUUGGCCGCCAAAAUGGAACACGUUUUUGAAGCAUCACAGGAAGCCGCACUACUCAACAUUGACAUCAUUGACAAUAAUAAACCACCAAGAAAGAAAAGCAACAAAAACAAAAACAAGUCAACAGCAACACAACAACCAUGA